ACAAAUCAUCACUCACCCCAACAAAAAGUCGCUUGUUUUCUUUCUGAAAGCAACGUUAAAAGAGGCGCGCAAUUGACUCAUUCACACACUCCCAUUAUGUAAAUAAACCCUCCAAACCAUCUUAACCAUCUUCUGGUCUUCCUGUGAUCAUAUAAGCCCUCACCCUUUGUUUCUCUUCGAACCCAUUUCCCAUUUCUCUCUAAAACCCCCCUUCUUCUUCUUCUGGGGUUUGGUUGUAAUGGGCGGCGAGCAAGAAUGGGGUGACAUAGCGCCGCCACUGCCGGCGGUGUUGCCGUUAAACCCAGAAAGAGAGGAGUAUUGGAGUCGAUUUGAUGAUUCUGUUAAUGCGGUUUCGUUUGGGUUUGUAGCGACUGCCAUUCUAAUCUCUAUGUUCCUUGUUAUGGCCAUUUUUGAGAGGUUUCUUAGACCCAGGACGGCGGCGGACAUGGGCCGGCCGCCUUCUGAUCUUGAAGCACAGAUGGUGUUUGAUGAAAAGCUUCGUUACCCAUCUCCCAAGAUGACUGUUUACGGUCGAGGAGUAUCGGUAUUGAUGCCCGGCGAAGAGAUUCCAACCUACAUUGCGCACCCUGUUCCUGCACCGUGCCCUCCCGAGCCCAUUUUGAAGCCUCUGCAUCAACAUAACUUGAGCAUCUGUCCGCCUUCAAGCUUAACAUCGAGCUCCAACAUCAGUUGACUAAAAAAACAUCACUACAGAACAAGGGUUAGGUCAUGUAACAGCUCAAGCCUACUGCUAGCAGAUAUUGUCCUUUUUUAGCUUUCCACUCAAGGUUUCUAUAGCAGGCGUGUUUUAAAAACUUUGAAGGGAAGCUCAGAAGGAAAAAACCAAAGAAGACGAUAUUUGCUAGCAAUGGGCUUGGGUCGUUACAGGGCACCUCACACUUUGCAAUUUCAGCUCAUUUUGGCUUGCAACUUGACAUUGUAGGUUUGAAAACAUGGUGAAAGUCACAUCAAGUUCAGCCAAUGUGUAACUUGGAUAUGUAGGAAGCUGCGUAGGUUAUAUUUGAUGCUGCCCCCACCAUAGUUAAAAGAGAGGGUG